AUGGGAAGUAAUCGAUGCACAAAGAAAGCCACGAAACGAGCAGAAAGAAAUAGGAUCGAAAUUAAAGGUGUGCUCGUGUGUGCUCAUUGCUCAUGUGUGCAAUAUCGUCCAAUGGCGAUAUUGCAGGUAUUCUCCAAGAUUUUAGAGCAAAUUAUGAAAGCUAGCGAAGAAAGUAAGAGUUCGGAAAGCAAUUCCCAAGAAUCAUCUGAAGAAAAACCAGAACCUGAGCCUGAACCAGAACCGGAACCCGAAAGACCCAGCGAAGAAAGUAAGAGCUCUGAAAGCAGUUCUCAGGAAUCAUCUGAAGAAAAACCAAAACCUGAACCUGAACCCCCCAGCGAAGAAAGUAAGAGUUCUGAAAGCAGUUCUCAGGAAUCAUCUGAAGAAAAACCAGAACCUGAGCCGGAACCAGAACUCGAACCUGAAAGACCGAGCGCAGAAAGUAAGAGCUCUGAAAGCAGUUCUCAGGAAUCAUCUGAAGAAAAACCAGAACCUGAGCCGGAACCAGAACCCGAACCUGAAAGACCCAGCGAAGAAAGUAAGAGCUCUGAAAGCAGUUCUCAGGAAUCAUCUGAAGAAAAACCAAAACCCGAAUCUGAAAAAUCUAGCGAAGAAAGCAACAGUUCCGAAAGUGGAAGUUCUGGAAGUUCCGAUGAAUCUAAAUCAAGCAAAUCAAGUGAAGAAAAUUCCAACUCCAGCUCUGAUGAAAACUUCCGUUUCUUACCCAAAUUCUUACGAUUUCGUUGA